AUGGCCAACACUUUCCCAAUAGAUGGGGAAGCCACGUUUGAGCAGAUAUCUGAAAAAUGUGGCUUGAAUUUGAUUGAUACUCGAAGAGUUCUGGGCUAUGCAAUGACAAACCAUAUUUUCAAAGAGGUCCGGCCUGGAGUAGUAGCUCAUACUGCGGCGUCCAAACUUCUGGCCACCGAUCCUAUGUUGACGGACUAUGUUGGAAUUGUCGUUGAGGAACGAUUUCAGGCUGCUGCACAUACGGUCGAGGCAGUACAGAAAUUUGGAUGUGCUAAAGAACCGAACCAGACAGGAUACAGCAUCGGUCAUCGAACCACGAAAGGUUUUUACGAAGAUUUGGAGGCUCAUCCAUCUCGAAGUAAGCGUUUCGCCAACGCAAUGAGCGCCUUUACCUCCAGAACCGAGGUUUCCUACUUGUUUGAAAGCUACGACUGGAGGGGUCUUGAGUCCGCGACCAUAGUUGAUGUUGGCGGUGGAUACGGUCCUAUCAGCAUCAGCCUAGCGACUAACUUUUCCGCUUUAAAUUUCAUUGUGCAGGAUUUAGCUGCUGCAAUUGCAGAUGGGCCUGCAUAUGUGCCAGCCGAUAUUUCAGAUCGUAUAUCUUUCAUGACUUAUGAUAUGUUGACUCCACAGACUAUCCGGAACAUCGAUGUGAUAUUCUUCCGUGCUGUGUUCCAUAACUGGACAGAUCAUUAUUGUGUCAAAAUCUUGAGGAAUCAGAUACCGGCAUUGAAGAAAGGAUCAAGGUUACUCAUCGUAGAACCGUUACUGGUGGAAUCCGGGGAACUUCCAUGGCAUGAGGAGAGAAGAUUGCGUACGAUGAAUUUGAACAUGCUUUCAUAUUUUGGCUCUCAUGAGAAAUCUAUGGAAGAUUGGAGAGAGAUUUUUCGAGAGGCGGAUGAGCGGUUUGAAGUUAAGAAUGCUGUCAAGUUGGGGGAUUCUUUGACUUCUAUCCUGGAGGUCUUGUGGAAGGGGGAAUAA